UUCGCCAAAACAAGAAGCUGUUCUCAGGUCGAGGCGAGUUGCGCUUUCCAGUCAACCUAAGGCUAGUUUGGAGGAGGGUAAAAUGAUCCCAGAUCAGUGUCUGUGUCGGUGUCAUGCCAUCCCCCCAUCGCGCUGCUAGGUGCGCGCCAGCCUCGCGAUAGCCUCGCCUACUAGAAUCAAAGCUCCGCUCGCGAACUGGAUGCUGACAGGCGCGCGGUGCGGUCAUCAUGCAAAGGUUACAUUGGAUCCGUUUCAGCGAGUCUCUAAAGAAGCCGCUCCUCCGCAAGACCCGCACGGGUCGCAAAAUGCGAGACGUCUAGCGACACAAAAACGGACUAACUCUCGUUUACCGGGCUGUUCGGCUACAGCAGGUGUCGAUGGACGCAAGUUUGGGAUUUCCGCGAACGGCAGUGUGUACGCUGGCUCCUCUCGGCGGUAAAGUGGCUUCAUGAGUGUCCAAAGUAACAGUGGAAGUGGUGGUGGAAGUUUGGAGGCGACGCCAUCUUGGUCGCAGCUCUCCUCGUCCCCAACGAUUUCUCAACAACAUAUAACGGCGACCGCAAAGAGCAAGGAAGGCCCCAUGGAGGAGCUGCACAGCCUGGACCCCAGGAGACAGGAGCUGCUGGAGGCCAGAUUCACAGGAGCUGUCAGUGGCAACACGGGAGGCAGCACUGGGAGCACCAGUGGAGGUGCUAAGGGUCUGGCCAAUGAGUCCUCUAACCACAGCUACGGCAGCCUGGGCUCAUCUAGCGACAAGGAGUCAGAGAACUCUGAUUUGAAAAGAGGGAGCUCCCCUGCCUACUCAACCCCGGAGAAGAAGCACUCUGAAUCGUCCAGAGGGAGGAAAAGGAAAGCUGACACCUAUUCAGAGAGUAGUCAAGGGAAGACCUCCACUCGUGGACCCAAGAUCAGCGACUACUUUGACUUCCAGGGUGGAAAUGGUUCCAGUCCAGUCCGAGGGCUCCCAUCAGCUCGCCGUUCUCCACAGAACUCUCACUCUGCCCCGGGAUCAAUCAUCCGGCAGAAUAGCUCCUCUCCUACGAGUCUGUGUUUUGGGGAACACAAUCCCAAAGCCUCCUCCAGCAAGUGUGUCCAGACGGAGUUAACAGGGAUAAAGCUUGCUGCUCUGGAGAGCAACAAGAGUCUGGACCUGGAAAAGAAAGAGGGGCGAAUAGAUGACCUGCUCAGGGCUAACUGUGACCUGCGGAGACAGAUCGACGAACAGCAAAAACUCCUUGAGAAAUACAAGGAGAGGCUCAACAAGUGCAUCACCAUGAGCAAGAAACUGCUAAUAGAAAAGAGUACCCAGGAGAAGCAGUCGUGUCGUGAGAAGAGCAUGCAGGAUCGCCUCCGUCUCGGUCACUUCACCACCGUCAGACAUGGAGCAUCCUACACGGAGCAGUGGACCGAUGGAUAUGCAUUCCAGAACCUGAUCAAGCAACAGGAGGGCAUCAACCAGCAGAGGGAGGACAUAGAGCGACAGAGGAAGAUGCUGGCCAAGAGGAAGCCUCCGAACCCCGCGUCUCCCUCCCUCUCGGUGGCCUCCACAUCUGAGCCCAAGCAGCGCAAAACCAAGGUGGUCAACGGCAACGACUCGGACCCCUUCCUCAAGCCCUCCUUGCCCCAGCUACUGACCCUCGCUGAGUACCACGAGCAGGAAGAGAUCUUUAAGCUCCGCCUUGGACAUCUGAAGAAGGAGGAAGCUGAGAUUCAAGCAGAGCUGGAGCGGUUGGAGCGGGUGAGGAACCUCCACAUCAGAGAGCUGAAGAGGAUAAACAAUGAGGACAGCUCAGCGUUUAAAGACCAUCCUACUCUGAAUGAGAGGUAUCUGCUGCUGCACUUGCUGGGCAGGGGCGGCUUUAGUGAAGUCUAUAAGGCUUUUGACCUGUUUGAGCAGCGCUACGCAGCUGUUAAAAUCCACCAACUCAACAAGAACUGGAGAGAGGAGAAAAAGGAGAACUACCACAAGCAUGCAUGCAGGGAAUACCGGAUACACAAGCAGCUGGACCAUCCCAGAAUAGUCAAACUGUAUGACUACUUCUCCCUGGAUACUGACACGUUCUGUACAGUGCUGGAGUUCUGUGAAGGAAAUGACCUGGACUUCUACCUGAAACAAAACAAGCUGAUGUCGGAGAAGGAGGCUCGCUCCAUCGUCAUGCAGAUUGUCAGCGCCCUGCGCUACCUCAACGAGAUCAAACCUCCCAUCAUCCACUAUGACCUCAAACCCGGUAACAUCUUAUUGGUGGAUGGUACUGCGUGUGGAGAAAUCAAAAUCACAGACUUUGGCCUGUCAAAGAUCAUGGACGAUGAUAACUAUGGUGUGGAUGGGAUGGACCUGACGUCACAGGGGGCUGGUACCUACUGGUAUCUCCCUCCAGAGUGUUUUGUGGUGGGGAAGGAGCCGCCCAAGAUUUCUAACAAGGUGGACGUCUGGUCUGUGGGAGUGAUCUUCUUCCAGUGCCUCUACGGACGCAAGCCGUUUGGUCACAACCAGUCUCAGCAAGACAUUCUCCAGGAAAACACCAUCCUCAAAGCCACAGAGGUCCAGUUCCCUGCUAAACCACAGGCCAGCACAGAGGCCAAGGCGUUUAUCCGGCGCUGUCUCGCCUACCGCAAGGAGGACAGGUUCGACGUUCACCAGCUGUGCUCGGACACCUACCUCCUCCCUCACAUGAGACGUUCAAACUCCUCCGGCUCCCUGCAGCCCUCCGCCUCAUCCCUCCCCACCUACUGACUGCCUCUCUCACAUGACUGACAGGACCCUCUAGCCAAUCCCGAGGCGGGGUUGUUGGAAUUGAAGGAUAAUGGACAUGUUUUUUUUUUUUUAUUACCUGAGCUGUUCCUAAAAUGGAUAAAUUAGCAACAGAAGAGAAUUAAAUGGAAAGAUGGAAGUGAGAGAAGAGGAGGGAGGGGGGAUGCUCCCUUCACAUACGCUGUGCAGCGUUGUGUCCUUGAACUUGACUGUGUGAGACAGGGGAAGGGAAAAUAAAUGAAAGACUGAAAAAUAGAAGGGAAAUGGAAAGAGAGGGGCAGAGAUAAAAGAGAUGCAGUGGAAUGGCUCGACACUGUUCGGAGCAGGAAGGCAACACGAUGAAGCUAGUGGAUUUGUUUAUGGACUUUAUUAAUUAACCCUCUUAGGAGACAUUUCAACAGCUGUAGGAGCCUGUCCUGUCCACUCCCACCUCUCUUAGCUCCACAUAUACACACACGUUGGUUAUAAUGUACCUUACAAAAUGGCUGAGAAUUGUGUCAACAUAAAGCCACUGAUACAGUCUUGUUGCUAACGAGGGUGGUGGCCAGCGGGCAACAGCAGACGGGGCGUGGUACAGAGGUGGUUCGAGUGUCUGUGUGUCAAAUAUGGACUACCUGUUUAACUCUGCAAUCCACUGAAAUGAGGCAUAAAAAGAUGGUUACACCUCAUUGAAUUUAUUUCCCCUUGUAGCCCCUAAGCACACAACAGGGGUUAACUUAAAAGUGAUGUUGUAACCUUGAUGGGACUUGACUUAAAAAAAAAAAAAAAGAAAAGGAAAAAAAAAUAUUGAUCCAGAUUAAAUCUCUGGGGUUGAUUUGCACUUCCGGUCCAGAUCGUUGUCAUCUGGUCUCACAGAUUUUGGCAUGAAGUACUACAGCGUGGGCUAGUCCUGGACUUUAUCCGUAGUCAAAUCCUCCGUUCACAUUUUUUUUGUUGUGUUGCAAAGCAGUUCAGGUCUCCAGAAAAGUGGAUGUGUGAAUCUGUCUUAAUCCAUUCUUGCUGUUCAGGUAAGAGUCCAAAUGUUUCAAAGGGCAGAGUGUUACAGCGCCGUGUUGUCAUAGAUGUCCCCAUCAACCUGCCUGAAGUGAGGGGACUGGAUCAGCUGUUUACUGUACUGCAAAGACUCGGGGCACAGAGUUUAGUGUACAUUUCAUGUGCAGGAGACAUUACUCACUAGCAAAUAUAUAGUAAUGAGGCUUAUCCUUGCUUCCCAGUGUCUCUCUCUCUCUCUCUUUGCUCAGUUUGUUUCCCUCUGAAAGCUGUUUCUCAGUUUGCUGCUAUAAAUGUUGCUUUUUAGUUCGUAACGUGUGAAUGGUUUUCGCCUCGCAUAUGUGCGUACUUGAACUGUGUUAAGAGGAACACUCUCCAGAGCCUCUUUUUUCUGAAACGGGACACCUGCUGUGCUGUUCGAGGGGGGUGCAACACGUUCUUCUGCCACCAACAUCAAAUGUCCACAUGGGUUUUUGUUUUUUUUGUUUUUUUUGUUUUUUUUUUCCCCUUUUUUUAACUUUACUUUCAUGUAAGAGUCCAACAGACAUUAUAUGGAGCAAAGUCCCAGUACGCUGUGUAGUGAGGAAUGGUCCCACAUGUUUAUGCCAGUAGAAGUGGGCACGCUCCAGGUUGGCCCGUGUUGCAGCAUGUUUUACUGCAGCUAGAAAUCAAGUGGAUAUAUCCAAAUGUUGUUGUCCUGUAAAUAAAACACUUAUCUGUACGUUGUUGUGACAUUUUAAGCUCCUCUCAACAUGGACUCUGCCCAAAAGUCCGCCUGUGGCGAGAAAGGGAGAUGUUGUUGGGCGAGAAGUCCGAUCAAAGACUAAAGUGGGAGCAGUUAAGUGCAAGUUGUGGGUGUGUCAUCUUCCCUCUGCGCUCUGGCCUGCUUCAAAAAUCGGUCUUAAUUGAUUUUCUGUACGUGAGCUGUUAAAUCAAACAAAAAAAAAACAAAAACAACCCCCACACAGUUGUAGUUUCUGUAACAUGGCAGGUGAAUUAAACUGCAGGAAGAACCUGCUCUCACAGCUUGCUGCUCCCAAAUGAAAGCAAGUGAUGAAGUGCAAUGAAACAGGUAAAGUCUGUGUCCAGUUUGAUAAAUUGUAAUUUUAUCCACUUGAGUGCAGUAAGGCAUAAAACAAACUUACCCUC